AUGGCAGCUGUAGUAGCAGGUACGGCGUCAGCGCAGUCUGCACCGUCCGCUACUGCACUCACGUUCUGGAAACCAGGUCCAGCCCUGAACCCCUCGCUAUACUCCAAACAAGGCUUCGGGUCAACCACCUACCCACCUGUCGCCUCAAUCAUCACCUCAGACGCCGCAACCACCAUCUUCCAGCUAGGCUGCCCUUCCUUCGUCCCUGCCACACAAUCCCCCAUCCUGGACGGCAGCAUGACCCUCACCUGCGACUGGGCGACCAAUAGCGCAACCUACACGCUCAUCAACAGCACGCGUAACGUCAUGCACGAGACGUACGCUUCGCCCGCGUACUCGCGCUGGUGGACCUGUGACUACAACACCGCCGCGACGCAAAUGACAUGCGCGCUCGAGGUCAUUGGCGGCGAGAUCGACACCAACGGGCCGGUCAGCGACUGGGUCAUUCCGGACAAGGCCGGUAAUGUGAUUGCGUUUGCGACGGCGGAGAUUGUUACCGAGGGGAGCUUUGCUGCGUUGCUGUCGACGGGUAGUGUGAGUGGCAGUGCGCCGACGCGGUUGAUGACGCAGAGUGCAAGUGGGCCGGCGCCGACGGCAACGCAGGGGAGUGGAGUGGCUGGUUCGGAGCCGAGCAGGACGGCGAGUGCGAGUGCGAGUGCAAGUGCGGCAACGGUGAGUACGGCCGCUGCGGCGAAGUAUGGGGUUGAGGGCGCGGCGCUUGCUGUGCUGGCUGGUGUUGCUGCGAUGGAUGUGUGGUAG